AUGGCUGUUGCCACCUUCAUGUCUGGCAACGUAUUAGGCUCGGACCUCCCUGAGGAAGUGGAACUUCCAGAGCAUCAGGAAACCGUUCCAGAGACACAUCAGGAUGUUGAGGAACAGGGCUCUCAGGAAGCUGAACCCGAAGUCCCUCAGCAAGUUGAGGUAGAAGACCCCAAACCAACCCGUGGUAACCUAUCAGGCAGCAACAAUGCGUCUGGUAAGAAGAGGAGCUGGUGGCAAAAGUUGUUCGGCAAUUGUAAGGUAUACUCUAGAAAUGAAUUAACGCUCAAUCCGAAUACUAAACCUCACGCUGAUCCAAGCAGUCCAGGCUACGGUAAAUGGUAUACUGAGUACGAUGUUUGUGGUGAAGAGGACGCAGAAAAGGCCCAAGCAGUUCGCGAUAAGCUGCGAGAAAUGCUCCCCCCCUUAUAUACGCUGCGAGGUGGUACUUAUAGGUUGCUCCACAUGAAAUCUUCUUCAAUCGAUUCGAUCGUGUACGAUGACUAUCUCGUGCCUUUUUUCUCUCGUUACAAAGCAAUAACUGACGACAUCUAUAUUCAAGAUUAUCAGCGUGGUAACACUCGCAUCUUUUCAAUUAGUAGUUCCUUUGUGAUAGGAACCACAGGCGUACGUACGGUCAACUACAAAAUAAUUGGGCGCAGAUGCGUUAUUGUUGGAAUUAAAUCUAAAAGUGCCUUUCUAAGUGGGCCAAUAUCCCUGCGUUUAGAUAUCAAUUCAGCCGAGUUGCAUCCGUUCAUAAUUCCACACGCUACUUUUACUGGGGACCAGACAAUGAAAUGGGUAGUUAUCACACGGGAACAUCGUUCCACAGAUAGAUCAAACAAAAUCCACAAAUUACGAUUCAGUGGGGAAUCACUAGUGCUAUCUCCCAUAAUAAUCGUCGAUAAGGAAACUAAUGGUCCUGGUUAUCCUGCUACCUCAAUCUCUGGCCUUAUCGAUAAAUUCGCUGAGACCAGCGUCACAGGAGAUUUCAAUUUAUGGAUCAAAUAUCGAAAACGUGGUUUGCCGCAUGCUAUAAAGAUACCUCCAAUUGAAAAUGGUAUUUUUAAACCAUGUAACAUAAUUCAACAUCACUACACAUUCUGUAAAUCCAAGCAUUUUCAACCCAUAGAGCGCACGACUGUAAUCAUAGACAUUUCUAAGACUGAAGUAAACGUAGCAGAGCUUAUAGUCUUAGCCAACCUAAAAAGGGGUGACUGGUUGUAUACACAGUACACUAUUUCACCCGUACGUGACCAGCUCUUCUUGUUUGUCAGGGUCAUAAAUUCGGUCACCGGUUCGGAGCUAUACCAAGUUGAGGACUCUACAUUCAUUACACACGUAGAGGUAUUCGAUAACGUUACUUACGGUUGGCAAUACGUUGUGGUGAACUAUGAAAGGUCGCUGGGAAAAGGUAUUAAGGGCUUCCAAAAAGUAUACGUUCGACAAAACGGAGAACGAGGUGUUAUAUACAUCGAUCUCAGUAAUUUCUGGCCAGACUCGUAUAUACAGAUGUUGUAUAACAUCAACACUUUCGCACCAAAUCCCUGUGACCAAGACCUCAAUAACCUUAUAAUGGAUGCCUUUUCGGCGUCACCAAACACAGGAGAGAUUGUAUAG